GCGGAUACCAAAACAUGGCGGAUAAUGAAUUUUUAUAGAGUUACUAACUUUGUUAGCUAUACUGCCGGUGCUUGCUGUUGAACUAAAGAAGAGAGAUGGAAUUUGAUUUUAAUAUCAAUUAUUUAUUUAAAGAUACAGUAACAAAAUUAGAUCACAAAGUAACACCAUAUAGGAAGAAUGCAAAUGGUUAUGAUUAUGUCACAUUACGGAAACAACUGCACCAAGUCAUUGACCGGAUGGGAGAGGCUUCUGCUAGAGCUCAAGGCUUACAUGGACCUAUUACUUUAGCAAGAAAGUUGGAAUUGUCUGAUCAUACAUUGUAUGUUAUCAAAGAUGCAGAAGCUAACAGUGGAAAGGGUGCUGCAGUAGGCAUAUUGAAGAUAGGACCUAAAAGAUUGUUUGUGUAUGAUAGUCUAGGGCGCCAACAUGAAAUGGAACCUUUAUGUGUUUUGGACUUUUAUGUACAUGAAUCAAGGCAGAGAAUGGGUUGUGGCAAAAAGUUAUUUGAAUACUUUCUGAAGGAACAGAACAUUAAUCCAAAACAUCUAGCUAUAGACAAGCCAUCGUUUAAAUUUAGUAGCUUUCUCAACAAACAUUACAAUUUAAAGGCAGUGGUUACGCAGGUGAACAAUUUUGUAGUGUUUGAAGGAUUUUUUAAUGGUAGAACAGAUAUGCAAGGUAGACGUAAUGGUAAACCUCCAGCUCAUCCUCCUAGGUCUCAUUAUAAUUACAGACAAGGGAGGAACAGUCCCGAGGAUGAUGUAAUCAUACGAAGACCUAAUGGUAUUCAUUCAGCACAGAACUGGCACACAAGAGACCGUCCACCAUCAGGACGAUUCUCUAAAGCAUCAAAUAAUACUUACCCUGUCAGAAAUGAGGAGCAUCAACCUGUUAAUGAUCAGAAUCUUGCCAAUAGACCAUUGUCAGGCCAGGUGAUGCAAAAUGAUGUCAUCAAUGAAAGACUGAACCCCCAACUAGAUUUGCAACAGCUCACCACUGCUGCUGAUCGUGCUUUAGGUGCUAGGGCAAACUUAUACAGUCGCCAUGGUAACACACCACCUGGGUCAAGGCCAUCAAGUAAUACUCAACGGCCAUCAAGUAACACUAGGACUAAAACUAACAAUAACCAUGCUAUUAACAGGAACUACAAUGAUAUUGGUCGACCAGACAGCCCUCCAUUACUACAGAGGAAUGGUGCACAGACAAACUUUCAAGACAAGUUAAAUUUAUAUCAAGAUUAUCAAGGUCGUACUGGUCAUUUAAAAUAUUCUCCAGAUGCAACUGUUGGAAGUUUGCCACAGAUACAACAGAAGCAAAGCCCAAGUCCAAGCAGUCUCUACUCACCAUCAUGGAGAACCAAAACUGAUUAUAACUGGACAGUGAAUGGACAAGUACAAAACCAUCAGACUAUAUCACAAAGACAUUAUAAUCAUACUCGUCUGUGGUGAUGAAUGAUAUUACUUUAUGAGUGUUCAGGAUUUUCUUUGAGGAAAUGAAAUUGGAAGGAACAUAUUUGAAGGAUGUGACAUUUUGCAGAAGGUCUCAGAUUUUCAUGAAGUAAAAUUGUGUUCUAAUAAUACAAUCCACAAAUGUAUUGGGAUUACAAAGUAUAUAUUGUAGAAAUGUAUGUCAAUUUAAAACUAUCCUGUCUUUAACAAUUACAAAAAAUAUCUUCUUAAGGUGCUAAAAGAACAGAUUGAAUAAUAUAUGCUAUGAUCUAUUUCAUAUCUUCAACCAUAUUGAUUUUGAAUAUGACUAGCUGCUGUCCAUAAAACAUGUUAAGAAGGGUAAAAUUAUUGUUAGAAAUCUUUAGUUCUUGUAGAAUUAAUUCAUAGUUUACAUAUAUGUACAUAAAAUAAAUUAUAUUACUGUAAAUUCAGAAAUUAUUGCGAGGUUUUUAUUAUUGCGAAUAAUGCGACUGAGUUGUAAUGCAAUAAUUAAAACUCGCAUUUUGUAAUAUUUAAACUUAAUUAAGCAUAACUUUUCUCAAAAUCGUAAAAAUUAAAAUCGCAUUCAAGUGUAAAAUUACAAAAUCGCAAUAAUAAAUGCACGCAAUAAUUUCUGAAUUUACAGUACCUAAAAUGACUAAUUCACUAUUUCACUACAGAGAGGAUUAAAAACCAGAAAGAAGCUGUUUCAAAUUGGACAUUCAUACUUUAAUAAUUUAUCUACUAACCCAGUCUAGCAUGGUCUGAUAGGAAAUUCAUUAAUAGAAUAAUUCUUUCUAGUCUUUGAUGAAAGUCACAGAAGAUUAGGAUUACCUAUUCUCUGUUGAGGGCAAGGCCGUUACAAUUGCAAUUACUUUUAUAUCCUAAUCCAACUUAUGUAAAAAUUAACUGUUGGUACCCAAGAAAAUAAAUGAAAUCCUCUGCAUGUGACCUUGCAAUGACUUCAUUUUAAGAGUUUAUUAACAUUGCAGUAUGAGAAACAAUUAUGUCAGUCAGAUUGUUUAAAAAAAUAAUUUAGAUUGAUUAAAGACUUUAGAUGUUAAAAGCCUGAUUAAAAAUUUAAGUUAUUGAGCUGACAAAUCAUAUUCUGCUUAUUGUAUACAAAUAUGACUCACAUAUGUUAUAUUUAGAACAUAUUACGUAGGAAUGUAUUAUACUCAUUACUUCAAUUAUAUUGAUGUUGCUUUUAAUUGGUGACUUUACUUGCCUCACUCAUUAUUAUUAUUUGCCAAUAUGCAUACAUGUUUAAAAAUAUCAACUUUUAAAGUUAAACAUAGUUGAUGCAAUCCAUUUUACAUCUGUAUAUUUUCUGUUGUAAAUUAUUUAGAAAUUUAAGAAAAAAAGUGCUCAGUUGUUCAUUUUAAUAUUCAUCACUUUUUUUGUAUAUAACAUAAUUAUUAUGACUGUAUUAUUUUAGUUAUAGAUUAUUUAUUUAGUGUUAUCUGAAUAUCUUUUUUACACUCACACUUCUUAAUUGAGCACACUGCAUGUAUCCUAUUUAAAACAAAGUCAGUAUAGUCAUUUAUAAACAAUGUCAAUUAUGUUUUUCUCACUUGAAUCCAAGUCAAUGAAGUCAGUAGAUAGUAUAUGGUAUGUUUGAAAGUGAAAGGUCUUGUUUUGUAAGAGUGGGAAACAAUAUGUAUUGUAUAUUUGAAGGGGUGGAUCCAGGGGUCAAGGGAAAUGUGUGUAAUUGUGGGUAGUAGGGUAAAAUAAGAUGAUUUUAUGCAAAAAAAAUAUUUAUUUUAGUCAAGGGCAUUACAUAUAUCAACCAGUGCUUCAUGAUAAUAGCUAGUCCAAAUAACUAUGACCUUCCUACGUAGGAAGGCGUCCCAGAAAAAAAAUAAAAUAGCCUUGCCAGACGUCAUAAUGAUUUGGACUAUAUAAUAGCCUAUCGUUUCCAUUUAAAAAAAAGAGCUAACACUGAAACUUUACAACCAGUUUUUCUAUGGUUGAGAUUUAUGAAUGUUAGUUAUUACUGUUAAAAGUCAAUGAUCAUGUAAUACCACUUUAUGUGUGUAACAAAGAAAAAAACUAAUUAUCCAAGGCCUAGAGAUUAUUUUCCUUGUAUCAUUUGUUUAACAACUUUAAGUGAUAUCAUUCUGUUUUCUAAUAAUGAAUAUAUAUUAAAGGUUUUUGGGUUGUUACAUAUGCUUUAUGUUAUAUAGCUAUAUAAAAAAAACUGUUUUUCAUAUUCUUGUAUAAUAAGCAUGAUAAGUUCAACUGCUUUUAAUUUGUUGACUAUAUUUCUAUUUUAUAACACUGCCUUUUUGUUCAUAAAUUUUACUGUUUGUCUGUAUGUAAAUAGUUCAUCAUUUUAAUUGUGUGUGUGAUUGGCUGUAGAAUGAGCUGUCAUAAAGGCUUUCUGGUGAAAUAGUGAUUUCCAAAGUGCUCUUUUUUUUUUAAGGAAAAAAUAGUUUUGAGUUACGUUUGUGUUGGUGUUCAUUUUACAAAUUGUUCUGGUAAUCGCACUAAGAAUGAAAUAAGGAGAAGUAGUUCGGUCUGCUUUUGAUCUAUAUGAAUUUGAUAAUUGUUAAGAUAACUUUUCACUAUAUGUGUAUUGGAUUGACAAUAAUUUGGAUUAACACAGUUUCAGUAUUGUAUUGUUGAAGUCAUUUUUGUCAGCGCUUUGUCCCAUAUAAAUGAUAUCAGAAAGUUUCUUGUUAGCUUUUGAAAGUCCCUUUACAUACAACUGUUGGUUACUUUUGAUUCAGAUGUAAAUAAUCCAGACCAGCCCCUCUGAAUGGCUUUCUUAAAUUGAGUAAUUUGUAACAAUAAAAUGUGUUUCAUGUUUGUUUUUCAGUAGUAAUGUUGGAUAAAAAGCAUACACCAUAUAUGAGACAAUAUCUGAAAAAGUCGAUUUUUUGGCAAUGAGAAAAAACAAAAAAAAAUAUUUUUAGACCCGGUAUUUUAAUAGCACGAAUCGAAGAACACACAUUGUAGAUCUAGGAACUGUUGUCUGUAAUUCAAACAAUUGUUUAAUAAGAAAACAAUGGCUAUUUUAAAAAUGGUUAAAAAAAAAUCCAGUUAUUUCCUGUUUUUUAAAAAGUUUCUAAUGGGAAUAAGGAAUAAGUUUAAGACAUUAUUUGUGGUUUACUAGUAUAUCCUGCAAUAGUUUAUCAAAUGCCAAUUAUUGAUUUUAGCAUUUGCAAUACAAAAGGUUUAGAAAUAUACUUAAAUAUAGUCAAAUAUGUCGGUAACAUGAAAGAGUCUUGCGUAACAGGACAAUGGUAACAGGAUAGAGUUGGUAACAGAAAGGAUUUUUCUGCUUUAUUUUAAAGUUUAAGAAAAAUACAUCAUUAUAGAUUGGUCACAAUUAUAAGAUAACAGCAAACAAUGUCAUUUAUCCUUUGAAACUGUAUUUGCAAGAUGAAAAAUCUGCCUAGGUAAUGAAAAAUUCUAAAAUAAAUUCCUUGCUGUUACUAUCUACUAUACUAGAAUUGCACAAUGUUCUCUGCUGUUAUCAAAGGGAAAAACCCUAUUUAUUUAUUCAAUUUACUGUGUAUUAUUUUGAAAUUUAUUUGAUAAGGUGGUGAUAACAUAAAUUAAAUUAAAAGGUUGGCAUAUAGUAGAUAAACUUUUUGAUUCUUUAGUGAAAUUGUCAUUAGCAUCCUUCCUGUUACUGAUGAUGGUUAUGCUGUUACUUUUUAUCUGGUAACACGACAGAACGUAACAGAAAGGAAUUACGCGAUAGUUUUUGUCCUUUUUAUCACAUUAAAUGCAAGUGUAUUUCCUGUAACAUAUAACAUUUAAAAAGAUGACAUAAAAACACAUCUAAUGUUGUGGUGCACACUUAAAAUUAUUCUCAGAAAGUGUAAAAAAAAGGCUAUAACAGGAUAGAACACCAUAAAGUAUUUUUCUAUAAAUUCGUACCUUGGAUGGACUUGAAUUUCCAAACCUGGCCGCCUUUCCAUCUAUUUCUUUGUACUUAUGCAUUCAGAAAAUGAUGCUCUUCAAAAUACAUAAUGGGAAAAUAACUCUUGGUCUUGUAAACGUUUCCACGGGUAAAAAAGACCUAGUGGUAACAGGAGGGAAAUCACCCCUGGGGACAAAUUUUUUUUCUCUUAAAAUUUGCAAAAUUUUAUUACAUGCUCUAGUUAUAAUAUAAAAAGACAAAUUAGGGGCAAGUUUAUUAUAUAAUUUAUCAUAUAUGUGAGAAUCGGACGCCUGUUUAAUAAAUUUGGAUAUUAUUUGAAUGAAUUAGUUUUCCAAAAAACACAGGGGACAACAUGAUUUUAGGGGGGGUUGAACAUUUAAAUUACAAUAUUUUAUUGGAAGAAAUAUAAGAAUGAGUGUUUAAUUGUCAGGGGUUGAUGCAUUAUAUAAUUUAGUUCAUACUGAAACUUGAAAUUUUCAAAAAAGAUGGUUGAAUAAAAAAAUAAUUGCUGGUGAAGUUGGGGACAUGGAAAAUCGACUUUUUCAGAUAUUGUCUCAUAUACAAAAUAACCAUGGAAAAGUUUUUUAUUGAAUAUAAAGCAAGUUUGUAAAUUUUUAAAUUAAAAAAAAGUUUAUAACUUUGCAAGUUUUUGUUUAUGUAUAAUGAUUGUUACUUUGUGUAUAACUAUUUAUUAUAUGGUGGUUUUGUUCUGUUGACAGAACUUUAAUGAAUGUUAUGUAAAUGAAAUUGUUCUGUCUCUAAAUUACAUGUGUAUACAUGUUUCUUAUGCAGGAAACAUGCAAAAUAAUUCACAAAAAAGAAAUUGUUAUAGAAAAAAAAUAAAACAAAAUCUAUGAAUUGUUA